AUUCGUGCUGCCCUUCUUCCUAUCACGUGACCCGGAGAUCGGUCCCAUGACUUAUACUGUCAAUAAACGAUUCAAGAUGGCGGCCCAUCUCUCCUGUGGUCGGGUAAACCUCAGUGUUUUGAGGGAGGCCAUGCGUAUGGAGCUACGGGAGUUUUUGGAUAAAUGCGCAGGGAGUAAGGUGAGUUGUGGCGUUACAUUUAUUGCUUUUUAACUUGGGUUUUAGUUUUCUCUUGGGUUUGGAUGAAUGGUUGCACAGAACAGGUGUCUUUACAUUUAUUUUAAAUGGGUGAAAUGGUUAAUGUGAGUGUAUUAAAAUUAAAUAAUUUAGAUUUUACUGCACAUACACGUGUUUAUCUUUUUUGUUAUGUUAAAAAAAUGCAGUAUGGGUACCAUAACCACUGUAAAGUAAUGUCUCCUUGAAACCAGUUUAAAACAUCAGCUGAUGCUCUCAACUAAUCAGUUUAAUCCAAAUAGGAACACAAUUGACACAUCUGUUGUAUAAAGGGAACUAAUUAUUUAGGUACAUCUGAAUGAUACUGCACAAUCUUAAUCCUGGUAGAAGCCAGUAAAUGGGUGUUGUAUCACCUGUAUAGUGUAUUAAAGGGGACCAAAACUACCAAUCUGUAGGACUAUAGGUUCCCUUCUCUCCGCCAGUGCUUCCAUUAGGCCAAUUAGGCUGUGGCCUAGGGUGCUCUUUAAGAGGGAGUACGCUGUACUGUAUAUCUGGAUCAGCAUCACCACGUUAGAAUAUGCUGGAUGGGCUUGAUUUAAAUAUUAAAGUGCCAGGUGCAAAGGCUGGCAGCAGCAAUUGCACUGUUGAUCAAGGGCCCGCCGAACAUCCAGGCACACCUUAUGAUGUACGUGGACAAUCAACCUUUCGAAGAGUAGGACAGAACAAGGACACAGCACCCAUAUGCUGCCACCCCAUGUCCUGUGCCUGACAGAAAUGUAAGUGAGAAACAUGACCGCAUGACCUGAGGGAGCAAAAUCUAUGCCAGCCCCAUAAGUCAUUGCGCCAUAUAUUGUCACAUGUAAUAUGUAAGGCCAUGUCUUGUCACCACAGAUGAUUGAGUAAUAUAUACAUUAUAUAUUUUUCUUUUUCUAAUAAGAUAUUGGUCCUUUCAGAGUAAAACAUUUAAUUAUACAGUAAGCAUACUCCCAUGCAGACACAGACAAUCUCACUGACACACACACACAGGCUCAUAGACAAACAAUCUCACUGAUAUACUUAAGCUCAUUGACAUAAAAACACAUGUGCGCACACACAGGCUCACUCACACACAGACAAGCUUAUUGGUAUACCCACAAACGUAGUACAGACAAACUCACUGUCACACACACACUCACUACAGACAAGCUCACUGUCACACACACACUCACUACAGACAAGCUCACUGACACACACAUGCUCCCUACAGAAAAUUUGUAAUAAACAUGGUCUAGAUUUUCUGUGGACACCCUUUACUUUUUCUUGCGAACGAGUCAUUGGCACAAUGCCACACCUACAAUGAAACCGAUAUGAUAUGCUUCUAAAACCUUUCUUUAGAGGGAUCUGGUUAUAUAUGCAGUGGAGAACCUCAGGCAUUAGCAAACUGUUCCAAAACACUCUGACAGAUUUCAUGAGCAGUAUGCACCGAUUAGUAGAACUAACCAAUGACACCCGUUCCCGUACACAGACAAGAUCACUCACUAGCAGACACACACACACACCUUAAUUUAGUGGUUAUGGUGUCUAUAGCCUGUCCCUGCAGGCUUUUCAAUAUAAACACUGACCUUUCAGAGAAAAGGCAGUGUUUACAUUGCUUCCUAAUGACUCCUCUAGUGACGGUCACUAGAGGUGCUCUGUUAGUGCAGCACCUACAUUCAGCGCCUCCACGCUCUGCAUGGAGGCGCUGAAUGUUCACCAAAGAGAUACAUUGAUUCAAUGCAUCUCUAUGAGAAGAUGCUGAUUGGUGUAGCAUUUUGCAGCCAAUCCUAUGGCAAAAUAUUGGAUUGGCUGAGAUCAUCAAGCUUGAUGAUCUCAGCCAUAGAGACAGGGCCACUUGAGGGGAGACCAGCACGGUGUGAGGGGAAAAAAGGGAGUAAAAACCCUUGCCAAUGGAAGGGGUCUGGUAACCUAAACACGCACAAAUACGCAGAGACAGGCGCAGUCCAGUGAGCGACUGGCCUGGCGAUUGUGCAGGCGAGGGCGGCAUGCUAGGUGGUCAUGCAGGGCGGGUGGCUGGCUGUGCGAAUAGGGAGCUGUGCAGUCUUUGCUCUGCUCCCCAACGCACAGCUUAAUGAGACCGGGGCCGGAAUAUGACAUCAUAUUCUGGCCCCGGUCUCAUUAAGUAGCAUGUAGUGGAGCACAGGUUUCCCUCCGGCUGCCAGCAGCCUAAUUGCGGCCACGCCAGCUGUCUGCCCGGCCUCAGGUGCUGCAUUUCCUGGUAUCCCAGUGGGCCCUGUGAGGGAGAGAGGCGGUACUAGGCUAACUGAAAUGGGCUGCUUCUAUUGCCACCCCCUCACACCCCUGCUUUUACUUGAUUAUAUGGGGGAAGACAGAGGGUUGCUUGCUUUGUCUGUAUUAAGUAGUUUUGUGUGUAUGUAUUUAGCAUUGUGUGUCUAUGCAUGUAUUAGGUGUUUUGUGUGUUUUGCUUUGCAGGGUUAAAAUUACAGAACAGCUGCACCCAGAUCACUUCUUUGAGUUGAAGUGAUCUGGGUGACUAAUGUUACAUUACAGAGGAAUUGUCACUUCCUCACUUUUAAAAUAACCUAAUAGCUAAAAGUUUAUUGGUUUUUUUUUUUCCCCUUUUCUUUUUACUUGAAGUUAUGUAUUUUGCCAAGGCCAAGCGAAGCAUGUAAAUGAACUAUAGCAGUGUCAUACACAUGUAGUAUAUGUCUGUAUGGCACUGCAUGAGAGAAUUCAGAAUUUUUGUUAGAUGCCAGUUUGCAUAUCCAAGGGACUCCACUUUGCCUCAAAUUGGAAGCAUGAUGGAGAUAAGUAAGCUUUUUACUGAACUCAACGGCUCUAUUUGCACCAGUAAAAACUAUAGUAGUAUUUACUGGUAUGAAAGAGAUUCAAUAUAUAUUAGAGUUUAUUUCAUGAAUGGCAACGUUUUCAUUACAUGUUUAUCCCGCCUUGAGUAGCUACAAGGAAGACAAACACUAGAAUGGUUUUCACAGCUAUAACCAAACUCAAAUGACAAAAACAUUAAGAGCAUUUGAAUGGCACAGGGUUUUGAUUUUUCUGUGCACUAGCCUCACAAGCAAUGCAGGAAGCAUUGGAUUGGCUGAAAUCAUAAAUAUUGAUGAUCUCCGCCAAAGAAGCAAUGGCACUGAGCAGAGCUGUGCGCCACAGGAUGUAAGUUAAGUAAAAUCUACCUUUUUAAAUCCCUGCAAGCGGGUUGGACACCUCGCUAGGUAGGGGAACACUAUGGCAUUAGGAAUACAUGUUUGUAUUCCUAAUGCUAUAGUGUUCAUUGAAGGAAUAGGGGGUGGACUCUUUAAAUGGUUAUUCUAGGCAAAAAAAAAUUAAAUUCAUUGAGUAGAUAAGGCCUAAACAUUUAAAAUGAUUACCUCCGUUUUUAACUGUCCAUCAGUGUAUUGAGAUAGGUAGUUAAUCCCCAUAGAACAGUUAGAAUCCGGCAAUAUAGAUUAAUUGGAGCUGCUCAAAAAACAGCAACUACAGUCAGUUUAGAUCCAGACUGUCUUUUAGUUUGGGGACCACAGUCCCUGUCUUUUUUUGUCCUCUAUUGUGCAUAUGGAAUGCACAAUAGGGAGGGAAUGGGCGCUGCCAAACUUGAGGUAAGUAUUCACAUAUUGGUGCUGCUAUAACUGUCUCUCUGGCAUGAAUGUGUUAAGGGUACUCUAAUCACUAUGCACUUUGUAAUGAUCCCACAUACCUUUUGGUGGUUAGACUAUAUCUGAGAGUUAAUGUAGUCCUGGGACUUACUAAUGUAUUUGCAGUUCAUCUUCCAAUACAUCACGAUAUUUUGCUAGUUUUUAUGUAGGAGUUUGAUAAGCACACAGGUCCUGUGUAUGUAACUUUGUUUUAGGACAUCAGCAUUUCUUUUUAAAGAUUCCACAUUGCAUCAUAUAUCACUUUCUUUAAUGGUUUUUCCUUUUUCUUUCAGGCAAUUGUUUGGGAUGAAUAUCUAACAGGGCCCUUUGGACUUAUAGCACAGUAUUCCCUUCUAAAGGUACAAUUGCAGCCAUUGUUACAAUACAACUGUUGGUUAUACCAGCGUAGGAAAUUUAUAAAUAAAUUAGGAGUGCGUGACUUAAGUGUAUUUUCUUUUUCUUUCUCCAAGGAACAUGAAGUUGAAAAAAUGUUUACAUUGAAGGCGGGGCCACUGCCAUCAUCAGACGUUAAAAAUAUAAUAUUUUUUGUCAGACCGAAGCUUGAGUUAAUGGAUAUAAUUGCCGAAAACAUACGGAGGUAUUUUUAUUUUAUUUUUAUCUACUUUUACUAAUAUUUAUAAAUGUUAUAUAAUAUUUUUAUGGGUGAAAUGCUUUAGGAUUAUUUUGGAUUCUCCUUUUACGUUUAUUUCCAUUUCUAUAAUACUACAAGCAACAUAUCUGUAACUGUUCUUGGUGCUGAAGUGAUACCUUGAAAGGUUAUACCAUUAAUAAUAGUCUUAAGUACUACCUAAAUUAGUGCGGGUACUAAAGGAAAAACUCAUACAUGUAUGUUUGUCUGUUAACAUUAACAUUUAUGCAAUAUAAAGGCUCCAAACUAUAUAUAUUUUUUUGUUUUCUUGCAGUUUGAUUUUAAAAUCUUCUGUUUGACUGUGUAGUCUACUAAUCUUGGUCUGUUUCUACUUUUGGUUCUAAAUUUUGACUUUUAAAAUGAAAGUCUAAUAAAAAAAAAAAGUCAAUCCCAUAAAAUCCAAGCAGACUUUGUGUUACAAGUUAAUAUUUGAAUUAAAUCUUAGUAUGUCUUCUUUAGCUUUUUUUCCCCCCCACUUCCUACUUAUUAAACAUUUGAUGUCUUCUGAAUUACUUUCCCACACCCUCUGAAA